AUGGCAACAGAGUUUUUAAAAGAAUUGUCUCGUGACCUUAUCGAUCUUUUAAAGUGUAGUGAUGAUUAUAAUGUCAUAAUUAAGGUCGGUAAAGCUCCCGAAAAUCAUUCAUUCAAAGCUCAUUCUGCUAUUUUGGGAAAACGCUGUCCUUAUUUUCAUGAAGAAUUGCCCAAAGUAAACUUCGAUCAAAACCAUAUUAAAGAAAUAGAAUUACCUGAUAUUAACAAAGAUAAUUUUGGUUAUAUUAUCGA